AUGUCUUCGUUGGAUACAAGCCAUCAACAUGGAGUCUCGGAAAAGACUCCCAACGAAUUUGAAAAACUUAACAACGGCAUAAAUAUAAAGAUGUUACCAAUUUACACCAGAUCCCAGCUAUCGCUCUAUAACGGAAUAGACAAGCCAGAAGUAUAUGUUGCAAUUAAGGGAUACAUUUAUGACGUUUCCAAUAACGUUUCCAAUUACGGGCCAGGAAGGCCGUACCAUAAGCUUGUGGGAAAGGACGUUUCGAGGUUACUAGGCUUGAACCAAUUGCAAUUGAAGCGUACAGGCGACCCAUACGCCCCGGAGAAGGAUAAUGCUUGGUACACAGGCGAUUUCACCGAUAAGGAGAACCUGAUUGUGGACAAAUGGGUGUUGUUCUUUCGCAAGAGAUAUACAAUAGUUGGAGUUGUAGUGGACCACGAAGUCGGAACCUGA